UCCGGCGACGUGGACAGAGAAACUGCAGCAGCGGAGAAAGCGGGCGAGUGAAAGAAAGAGCAACAGUCAAUUGAGGCGGGGGAGGGACACUCCACCUCGCCACCAACUCUCUUUGAUUCUGCAUCGCGCGUCUCAGGGGUAAUUCAACAACCCUUUUUAAGUUUUUGCUUUGUUUUGAAAUUCCAGCUGUUCUGGAUUGUGUGAUGGUAGUGUUUGUUUGGAUGAUUCUGCUGGAUCUUUGUUUUUGGAUCCCAAUCUGGAGACUUUCCGUUAUAAACAGGUCUGGGUUCUGAUUAGUUUCAUUGGGUUUUUUUUGUGUUCAGUGCUGGUGAGGAAGUCAACAGGGAUUUAGCUAUGGCGUCAGAUCCGAAGAAGGUUUAUGGGUUCGAGGAGGUUUCUGGGCACAACAAGACCAAAGAUUGCUGGCUUAUUAUCUCCGGCAAGGUCUAUGAUGUGACCCCAUUCAUGGAAGAUCAUCCUGGAGGAGAUGAAGUUUUAUUGUCAGCAACUGGGAAAGAUGCAACAAACGAUUUUGAGGACGUGGGGCACAGCGAUUCAGCCAGGGAGAUGAUGGACAAAUAUUACAUUGGCGAGAUAGAUGCAAACACAGUUCCUACGAAACGCAAGUAUGUUCCCCCACAGGAGUCAUACAACCAGGACAAGACCUCUGAGUUUGUGAUUAAGAUAUUGCAGUUUCUGGUUCCCCUCUUGAUUUUGGGGCUGGCUUUUGCCGUCCGUAGCUACACCAAGAAGGAAUAAAGGCUACUGCGCCACACCUUUGCUUGUGGAUCCCCAACCCUCAGAAUACUCAACUGUGGGACUCGAGAGUACUGGCAUCUUUGUUUUAGCUUUCACUUGCAUUAUGUUUGUCAACAUUUAUACAAAAUGUUUGUUUCGCAGUCAGUUCAGUGUCGAUUGUUGCGUUUGCUAGACAGUCAUGUAGCAAGGAGUUCUCGGACCUGCUCUUUCUUAUUUUUCUAGGCAAGUGAGGGGUGAUGUCCACCUUGUAGACAGUCGAAUGUCAAUGCACUUCUUAUGCACUGUUAUCUGUACAAGAUUCACAAUUUCUAAUUAUGGGGAGUUCCUACAAUAGAAGAGAUUCUUAGAGACUUGUCGUUUGUGGCCUCAUGUCCAAUGUCAUUUGAGUUGGUAUAGAGAGUGUUGUCAAUCUCUGCAUUGGACUUGUAAGAAAGGAACAUUGAUGCU